AAAUUUUUCUUGAUCUACGCCACUCAUUUUAUAAGUAUCUGCAGACCGCUGAUAACAUACCUCCGAUCAAAAUGAAAAAAAGGUCUUUGAGAUACCGGAUUAUGAUGAUUCGAAUGUAAUUCUAAUUUACAGUCGAAUUUCUGCAAUUGUGUGUUCUUUUGAAAUUGAAAAUUGACUGAGAACGAAAGAAUUAAUGGAUGAAAAAGAUGCUGUCGAGAGAACGACAAGAGAAUGAAUUUUGUAGAUUGGUUUCAAAUCUUGGUUUCUAUGCAUUGCCUGCCAAAGAAGAACUGAGCCCAAUGUUUCCACACAAUUCUAGUUCACAUGAGAUUUCUACCGAAACAAAUGCCUUCGUACAAAAUUCCAAGGGGGAUGUAGUAGUAUUAGAGGGAAGCAGUCUGAGUGGGGCGCGGGAGGGGGAACGACCAGAGCAUGCUAGGUACUGUGAUAUCGAAUUCAUAAACAGCAGCAUGAUGGCAGCACCUAUCAGCCACCCCAAAGCUACCGCCGCCAAUGACUUCUUAACCGUCCUGCCACGCCAAUCUGGUGAGCUCAGCUUUGCCGGUGUAGGCGAGGCCUGCCAGUCAGUGGCAAAAGAAACCACAAAAAACCCAACAAAUCACCUUCUAACCUACGAUAAUAAUAAUAAAGUAAAUAACCACAACAAUGCAGAACAUAAUCAUCACAAGUACAGAAAGCAAAAAACACCGGGCUCGCUGUUUGAUCAGCAGCUAGGCAGCUCCGCCGUAACGUCUAAGUCUACGUGUAAGCCGUUAAGUGAUAAUAAGGAUAGCUUUAGUGAUAUAAGCGUUAGGGUACUAAAAGUAAGUGUACGCUUAGUUUUAAAAGAGAAAGAAGAGAAGGAGGAGAAGGAGGAGGAAGAAGGAAAAGUAGAAGCAGAAGAAGAAGAAGAGAAAGCAAAAAAAGAAGAGGAAGGGAAGGAAAAGAGAGAAGAGAGGGGUGAAACGUGCCGCCCCGCUGGGGUACCUAGCCUAGUUAGGAUACCCAAGUCUGAUCGCCCCCAGCGGCAGUCGCGUCUCGCCAAUAUUGUCGACAAUUACUCCUUACUAGGGUCCCGCCUUGACCACGGCGAAAACAAUAAAUUUAAGGCUAAUAUUAGUCUCGUAAGUAAUAAUUAUUAUUAUUGUAAUAAUAACUCAAAGUCUGUGAUAUUGCUCAGCUCAACCAGUCACGGUGACAACUAUCUCCUGGCCGAAUUAGGCCUCGCUGGCGUAGACGCCAAAAACCCGGUUAAUCUAGUUGUCGAUCAUUACGAUGAGAACGAGGCGAGUGACAAAACCAACAAUGACGACGAUCAAGUUCAAGAUCAAUACCGCAAAAGCCGAGGAAACAACGGCGGGGAUCGUGUGAGAUUGGCCGUUAAUCCUUUCGCAAUUGGUAAUCGAGUGAUUGGCGAAACGAUACGCCUCAACGAUUCGACGUGGACGUCCUUGUUUUCGUUCUUCUCCUCCUUAUUUUUCGGGUCGUUCUCCUCACCGUCGUUCAAGAACGCCAAUCACAAAGACGAGGUUUACAAAUCGGACGGAAAAACAACAACGCGAACGGCAACGAAGAAGAUGGCAACGAUGAUCGAGUCGUCUUCACCACCAACAACAUCAACGUCAUCAUCAUCAUCAUCAUCAUCAUCAUCAUCAUCGAAAAUAGUGAAGAAGGAGAAAGCUUCGAUGGGAAAUCUCCGUUUGUCACUCGUGCGAAACAAUUCAAAGGCGCAGCAUCACGCCAGUUCUUCCAUUACGCUUAUCGUUUACAAAAACGAAAUCACCGACCACACAUUGCAAUCUUUCCUGGAUAAUCUCACUAAAAAACGAGCUGCGUCUCGCAUUACGACUAUAAAUAAUAAUUAUCUAAUAGAUUGCGUCACCGUGAUCGAGCUGAAGCAACGCAUAUGUGUUCCAUUAUUGUUAAUGAUUGAGGGUUACAAUGACAAUUGCGGGAAUAACGAUGAUUACGAUUAUUAUUAUCAUCAUCAUCAUCAUCAUUGUACGAUCGAUAAUAAUAACGGAGUUGCUCGUAAACUCGUCUCUCGUAUCGGAGUCAACGACAAUGGGAACGAGAAACGCGACAAUUAUUAUUACGAAAACGACGACGAGGACGACGAGACGAUGAAUAUUAGUAACAAUAAUCAAGAUGUUAUCGAAGACAUUGUUAACGUCGCUGUGUGCUACAAGACUAGUUGUAAAACGACUACUAAUAUUAGCUUAUUAGGGUCUCAAAAUGAUGGUAUUAGACGUACCGAAGCAACAAUGUUUACCGUUGGUGCUCUUUCAUUUCAGGAUAACGAUAAGUCUAACAAGCCUCUCAAUGAUAGUUUUAAGGAUAACAAGUAUCAAGUGUCUACUAAAGUCGAUCUUGAAUCUAACUCUGCGUACGUUAAGUCCGUAUCUAAGUCUACGCCGAGCGUUAAGUCUAGCGAUAAGUCUGAAACGUCUCGCGUUAAAGUUUACGAAGAGAUGACGUAUUAUAAGUUCGAAGACAAAGACGACAAAGACGAGGACGACGAAGACAAAGACGAUUUCGAUGCUGAUGAUAAUGUUGAUUACGAGGAAGCUCGAAUUGGCGCAACUGACGGAAUACUUGCGAAAAACGAUGUUAUAAGUGUCAGUAAGAUCGUCAACAUUCCUAAACCGACUACCUGCGAGCCUACGAUGACGCUUAAUUGCCAAUCAGCCACCGUCACAUCCCAAACAAAUGAUGUACCUGUAUCUCGUGGCAUUGAUAACACGAGUUCUCACGACUUUAACGCAAACGUUUGUCCCGAUGACGAACAAUCGUCUAACAAAAUGAUCGAAGAUUGCGUUAACGAUUUGGACAACGAUCAUUACACCGCGUACGAUCGUAAGUUGUCACGAUCGAACGACUAUCAAACGAUCUCUCGUCCACGUUAUUACGACGAAAAUACGACAAUAACGGAAUACAUUGUCGAACCUCCGACAAGCCGCGUUGACGACGAGAUCAUCGAUAAAUCAUACAUCGAUUGGAAAUAUAACGACUCGAACGAUGAGCCAUUAUCGUCCCAUCGUAUCUCCAACGAACUUUUUGACCAAAACAAUCUUAACGAGAAUAAUGCCAAGAAUUAUGCAAAUUUCGGGAAUGGAUUAUUCACGAAAUAUUCCUCCGUCACGAUGUCACAAAUACGCGCUUAUAUCGAUGCUUAUAAAACGGCUUAUGAAAACAACGAGAAAAGCCGCGAUGAGCUCAAGAACUUGUUACUCAACAUUGUUUCCGGAGCUCAUUCUAACGAGCGAUAUGAACAACUCUAUAGAGAACAAAAACAUGAUCCGAUCAAGGAGUACAAACAACGAUGGGGUAUACCGAGCAUGCUAGGACUCUGCGGAGGAGGAGAAAGCUCCUUGAACAGCGGUGGUGGAACCAAUUGGGGUCCUGCACCUGCGACAACACCCAACAACAACAACAAUGCCAAUCAGUCCGGUUGGGGCGGAACUCCCGGCAAUCCACCCGGUAGCGCUGGACCACCGAGCAACUGGGGUGGUAACAACGUCAAUAGACCCGUCACCGGCAAUCCGAAUUCGAAUCAAAAUCAGGGACCACCAGGAACUCAAAAUAAUCCCGGCAACGUAAACAAAGUGAACAACCCGAAUCAACCAGGAAAUCCUCAAUCGGGACAACCGACCUCCCAGUCAUCGAAUUCAACCCAAGGCAAUCAAAACAGCGCUGGCCAAUGGUCACAGGGAAAGCCUAACAAUGCAGUCGGUCCUGGAGUGCCGAACCCAACGGCCCAAAACAACAACGGUAACAACGUCCAGCAACAGCCGUCGGGAUCGAACGCUAACAACAAUCAAGCUAAUAAUCCAGCUCAGGGCACCGUCGCGACCACUGGAACUGCCGCCGCUACAAAUCCUUCGACCAAAGCUCAACUCGAACAAUUGAAUACUAUGAGAGAAGCUCUCUUCAGCCAGGACGGUUGGAGUUUCCAACAAGUGAAUCAAGACACGAACUGGGACGUUCCGGCUUCACCGGAACCACCGAUGACCAAGGACGGUGUACCGAUGUGGAAACCACCAGUAAACAACGGGACCGACCUCUGGGAAGCUAACUUGCGAAACGGUGGUCAACCACCACCUCCUCAGCAAGCAAAAACACCUUGGGGUCACACUCCAUCGACUAAUAUUGGAGGAACAUGGGGUGAAGACGACGACGCUGCUGAUUCAUCCAACAUGUGGACCGGAGCUCCAGCUCCGAGCCAGCCGAAUACUGCUCCAUGGCCCGGAGCUGCAGGCAAUCAACCUGGAGGUUGUUCGAGCUGGGGUGAUCCUCGAAUCGAUCCGCGCGAUCCUCGGGAUCUCCGUUCGGUUGAUCCUCGUGAAAUGCGUGAUCCCCGUGACCAUCGUAUGACUCUCGAUCCGCGUGAUCAUAUGCGCGUAAUGGAUCCAAUGGCUGGACGUGACCAUCGCAUGACGGAUAUGAGGGGAGAUCCUCGUGGAAUAUCAGGCCGUCUAAACGGUGCAAAUGCGGAUGCAAUGUGGGGUCAACCACCGGGGCCACCGCACCACCAGUUGAGUCAUCAACAUCCCUCGGGCGGUCCACCUGCCAAAAUGAUAAAUCAAUCGAGCAUGAAUCAAUGGGCUGCACCGCCGCCGAAAGAAAUGAUUCCCGGGAAACCAUCCGGUUGGGAAGAGCCUUCGCCACCGGCCCAACGCAGAAACGUUCCGAAUUACGAUGAUGGUACAAGCCUGUGGGGAAAUCCCGCUGCCAAUCAACGACCAAUGCCCGGCAGUAAAGUCUCCCACUGGAAAGAUCUUCCGACACCAAAUCUUGCCCGUGGUGGCAUGCAGUGUCCACCGGGAAUGCCUCAAAAUCGUAUGCCGGGUCAACCGGGAAUGAAACCUGACGUUGGCGGCGGCGGUACCGGCGGCGGAGGUGGUGGUGGUGGAGGCGGCGGUGGUGGCGGUGGCGGCGGAGGUGGUAGCGGCGGAGGACCGAUGUGGGGACACCCCGGAGGUCCUGGUGGCCGCAACGGAUCAUGGGCCGAUGGGCAACACGAAGCUACUACUUGGGACGAACCUAAAACACCCGCGGCAUGGAACGAGCCUCCGUUGAAUCAAGCAACUUGGGGUGGACCCAGUGGCCACAAAUCCAAACCAAUGGGCGGACCGGGUGCCACCAGUUGGGCCGAUACGGACAUGGAUCGCGGACCGAGUUGGACACAUCCAGCGAAACCUGCACUCACCAAAGAACUCAUUUGGAAUAGCCGAGAAUUCCGAUAUCUCUGUGAUCUUGGCUACAAGAAAGAUGAUGUAGAAGUGGCGCUCAGAAAUCGGGAAAUGAACCGCGACGAAGCACAAGAGUUACUCAGCCAAUUACACUCGCUCGAUCAAUGGCGUCGUCACGACGCUCCCUCAGGCUACGAUCCAUCGAGUCAACCUUCUUCGUCCGGAGCUUAUCCCAGAUUCAAUCACGUCGCUCAACAGAUGUCCUUCCCACCGGGUGCCGGAGUGCCCAGCGGGGCUGCUACCGGCAACGUUAGUGGCUCGGUCGCCAGCGCCAGUCUUCUCAAGCUCCAGCAACAGCAGCAACAGCAGGCCGCGGUUCAGCUGCAGCAACAACAACCGAGUGCCAAUCCUCCGCAACCUCCUUUCAACCAGGCAUCGAGAACCCUCCAAAAUCCACCGAGCACCCAGCAACUGCGUAUGCUCGUGCAACAAAUACAGCUAGCUGUCCAAGAGGGUUAUCUGAAUCAGCAGAUACUGAAUCAACCCCUCGCACCGCCAACACUCUUGUUGCUCAACCAAUUGCUCCAGCAGAUUAAAGUAUUGCAGCAAUUGCAUCAACAACAUUCAAUGCAAAAUCCAUUGAAGGGCAAUGGGGAAAUAAUCCUUCGGAUAAGCGUACAAAUAACUAAGACUAAGCAACAAAUUGCGAAUCUCCAGAAUCAAAUUGCUGUUCAACAAGCAACAUAUAUGAAACAACAACAACAGCAACAACAACAACAGCAGCAACAUCAAACUGGACCUUCUCAAACGUCCGAUUAUUAUAAAACUUCGUCGGUUCACGAUCCAAUGUCCGCUCUACAAAACAGCUUCAGUGAUUUGGCUAUGAACAAAGAACCACCGGUCAGCCAACAACAGUCACGUUUGAACCAAUGGAAAUUACCAUCGCUGGAUAAAGACGGCGAUUUGACCGCAAACGAGUUUUCACGCGCUCCCGGUACGACGAGCAAGCCACCGCAGACGCCCGUAGGCUUGAGUCACUCGCACAGCAGUCCAAACAUGAAUCCCCUUUUGGGACAAGGAGACGGCACCUGGUCGAGCCGACUUGGCGAUAGCGGCUGGCCCGAUGCCGGUAACAAUGACGCCACCGAUGGAAAAGAUUGGCAACCCGGUGGCACUGCAUUCACCGAUCUCGUGCCCGAAUUUGAACCUGGCAAACCUUGGAAGAUGAAGAACAUCGAGGACGAUCCAAGUAUCACACCUGGUUCAGUCGUGCGUUCUCUUUCUCUCGCCGCAAUCAAAGAUCCCGAUACGAUUUUCUCAUCCAGCAGCAAAGCUUCACCACCUCCGCAAUCAGUCAACGCUGACACCUCGAUACCCAGUCUCAGCAAUUCAACUUGGAGUUUCAAUCCACCGGCGACUACUCAGAGCGCCUUUGCCAGUUCGAAGAACACUUGGACAGAUCCCACUCCUCCGACGUAUUCGGAAUUGUGGGGUGUACCGAUGAGAGUUCGCGGUCCGCCUCCUGGCCUCGGGAGCAAAGGAGCAGGUUGGCCGUCAGGAACGUGGUUACUUCUGAAAAAUCUCACCCCUCAGAUCGAUGGCUCUACCUUGAAAACCCUCUGCAUGCAACACGGACCCGUCUUGGAUUUCCGUCUUUUCCUCAACCAUGGAAUUGCGCUUACUAAAUACUCGACCCGCGACGAGGCCACCAAGGCCCAAGGCGCGUUGAAUAAUUGCGUGCUCGGCAACACAACGAUAUUCGCAGAAUCGCCGGUCGACAACGAGGCCCACACUCUGCUGCACACGCUCAGUCACGGUGGCGGGGGUCAGCAGCAAUCGAGUAAUAGUGGAAACACCGGUUGGGGGAUGCGACCAACGAAAAAGUCAGGUCCAUCACCAGACACGUGGAGCGGUAGUUCGAGCCAGCUGUGGGGUGCUCCGCCAUCGAGCAACUCAUUGUGGAGUAACAGCGGUAUCGACACGAGCGAUACGCAAAGAACGACACCGAGUUCGCUCAACUUGUAUUUGCCCGGAGAUCUUCUGGGAGGUGAGUCGAUGUAGAGAACGAGUCAGUUCGCACAAAAAAUACUCAGUCCCUGAUGAGAGAGCAGCGGAGCGACAGCGGCGAAACAAGCGAUCUAUUUUUUUUUUAUUAUUAUUUAUUUUUUGCUUUUAUUAUCCAAUAUGAACGAAAAAAUGGAGAAGAUGAAUAAUUAUAAUGACUAUCAAGCGCGACUGUUGAAAUCCCGGCGAAAUGGCACUGUUUGCCCUCCUCCCGUACGCCCCCCCCCCCCUGCCCCGGCUCCUUUCGAAUAACUAUGAUCGCGAGAAGCAAAACAAAACACAAUUACGAAAGAACGAUGAGGCACGACUUCGACGAUCUCAAAACAAAAACGGAUCUACGCGAGACAGACUAUAUAACGAUAAUAUACUAUUUUAUAUAUACAUAUAUAUAUGUAUGUGUAUAUAGAUUGUAAUGCAUCAUAACACGUCGACGUGUGAUAUAUAUCGACGCGAAUCUCUUCCCGAUUCGUUAGACCCAUCCAUUAUUUAUCGCGUUUUACGAUAUAUCUGUGUUUGUAUAUAUACAUAUAUACACAUAUGUAUGUAUAUAUAAAAACUAUUACGUUAGAUCGCCUAUACUUAUCGAAUCGACUCAACGAUAAUAUCAAGGGGGCGCCCUCGAUCUCUUUCCCGCAAAAGUCUCGUCACUCCUCGAUUUUUAAUGAGGCAGAGAACCGACCAAAUAAACGAAGAAAAAGCAAACAAAAUAAUCAUUUUACAGAAAUAAACAAAGCAAAUUUAUUUGAGAAUUACAUGAACAACAAACAGCAGAGAUUAACUCUCCACAUAAGAGUGCUCUCGGAAUGUCAAUUAACGUAGAUCUUUAGGGAAUGCGAGUGAUCUUUUCAACUUUUAUUUUUAUGCAUUUUUUCCUUUUUCUUGUUUUUUUUUUUUUUUUUUUUUUCCCCUCGACGAACGAGUUACUUAAGGUGUGAAAGGACUAAAGGAAAAUGAAGAGAAAAAAAAAAGAAAAACUAAAAUCAUCGUUUCCACGUACUUGAAGAAUUGUCCGAGCUGACAAUCGUUGACAAAGGUUUUAAACGAUCCUGACAAAGCGAAUAAGAGAUAAUAUAUAAAUGUUUGUAGAGGAAAAAAAAAGAGGCGACGCGUUUUCGAGCUGUGAAGCAUCCAGGGUCGAUUUGUUUGCGGAGUGACGAUCGAAUGAAUUGUUAAAUUGCGCUGCAAAUGAAGAUAUUCCGUCGGGUUGUACAGAAGAGACGAGGGGGAGAGAAACCGCGAUCGCGGUCAGGGCGUCACCCAAUUACAUGCAUAUAUUUGUGUUCGUGUGAGUAUUCAUACACAUACGCACAUGUAUAUGUGGAUAUAUAUAUACACAUAUAUAUAGAAUAUUUUUCAUUUUGUUGGACAGUUUAAAGACUGCAGCGAGUAUCAAACUUAGACUGUACCAAUCUAAUCAAAAAGAAAAGAAAAAUAUUGAGAUAGGGAGAUGAAGAAACACGUGAAAAGGGAUUAAAAAUAAUACUAAUAAUAACAAUAAUGAAUACAUAAAUCUUAAUAAAAGCAUUGACGUCGCUGCCCGCCGUCCUGCCAACCGGGAUGGUAGAGAUUGAUGACAAAGAAACUACAAAUAAAUAUUUAAGUCGUUAGCAAGAGAGAGAGAGAGAGAGAGAGAGAGAGAGAGAGAGAGAGAGAGAGAGAGAGAGGCCAAGGGACGAGGAAUGAAGAGGGAAGAAAAGAAAAACGAAAUGGAGACACGAAUGCUUAUAAGACGACCAUUUAAACGAGGGACAAAAGAUUAAUAAAAAAAAUAAAGAGCGAAGAAACCAGAAAUAAAAAGAGAUUCAGGCUGGUCGGGCAACGACACAACGAUACCAAAUGUUAUCGCAAUAACGUAAAUUUUAUUCUAUAUUAAACCUAUAUGCCACCUGUCGUGCCAAUGUCCAGUGUGUCUCUGUACCAUUUAUUAAUGUAGACUUAAAUAAUAAUAACCAUGGAUCACUGGGGAGCGUGGAGGGGAAGGACGGGAGAAGAAGAGGGAUCGGAGAGGAGAAUAAAAACAACAAAUAAUCUCGAAGUAACCGCGUGAGUCGUGAGAAAGUACGAUCGCGUUAAAACAACUGGCUGAGCAAAAGAGAAAAUAAAUAAUCGGUGAAUAGAAACGACGAAAUGAUAAAAAUAACGUUAAAGGCGUUGCGGUGAAAGGUAAAAGAAAAAAUAAUUACAAAAAACACAAUGACAAAGACGAUAACUAGUAAGGAAAUGCGAGAGAGAAAGAGAGAGAGAGAGAGCGAGUGCACGUGUGUAAAAAAUAAAAAGAAAAUCACAUUUUAAUUCGAGUCAAGUCGUGGUGGCAUUAAGUACUGGGCCCGCUGUCAAAUGCGUUAUGCCUCCUUGUGAUACGAAAAAUAAAAACAAAACAAAACAAAAGGAAAAUCGCUGAUACGGCCAAAUCGAGAAAAUACGGUCCUCGAUCGCGCGCAGCAUGAUUUUUUUUUAUGUCGCGGACGUUAAAUUAAUGAAAAUAAAAAUAAAAAAAAAACAGAAAGAAAAAUAGCAAAGAAAAUGUGAAAAACGAAAAACUAUGAGAGAACGAAAAAAUAACAAAAAAAAAAACAAAAAAGAAAAGUACGAAAAAUAAAAAUAAAGUAAAUAUAAUUACGGACAAACUCGUAUGUGCUAUGGACGGUGACCCCUUUAACGGUCGCGUCGAAAUUUACUAGUUUUCCCAACGUCGAAGGUACCUGAUGGACUGAAAACCAAACGACGAGGCGACGAGGCGAACUACAUAAUUAUUGUACAUUUCAAUUAUUGCGCGCGCGCGUGUUCCGCGGUUUCCGGUGUUCCGUGUAUGCCUGCGCCCGUGCGUCUGUGUAUGCGUGUCUCUGCGUGUGUUGUGAGUGUUUGCGAAAAGUUCUUGUACAUCGUUGAACAGGGAUUCAUUAUCGUUUUUUGUUUAUCCACGUUUUUGCCGUUAUUCGAAAAUCAUCAGUUUACCGGAACCGCGAAAUAAGGACAAAAAACUUUAUAAGCAUAAGCGCAAUAACGAAAAAAUAAAAGAAUUUCAGCAAUCUCUGAGCGUUGAAAUCUCCUGUAACAGUUUUUAAGCUGGAGAUGAAAGUCGAGGCGUGUGAUUCGAGGAGAUAACUAAAUAGAAAACGAGACAAAGGUUGCGGUAGACGAGCAGUGGCCGAGCAAUAAAUUAAAGACGCGAAAGCAUCCGAUACUCACCAAGCUUUCAAAUUUCAAAAACAAAAUAUUAAUAAAGAUAAAUGAAAAUAAACAUAAACAUAAAUAUGAAAACGAGAAAAUACGAGGAAAAAAAAAGAAGUAAUAUUAAUAUACAAAUAAAUAUGUAACGAAACGAAUGAUGUAUUGAUUAACGAUAACUGUAGACCUCGAAUAUUAUUACUGCGAUAAGGGAAUGUAAACUCUUGUAGAAUUAAUCAUAGCCGAUUGCAACGUAAAAACGAACAUUGCCCGUGAGAGUCUCGAGGAGGUCUGAGCUUUUUAUUAUUAUUAUCAUUAUUAUUAUUUUUUGUUUUUAUUACUAUUUUUAUUUGACUUGAUGGUUGCGAGAGAAAAAAAUGACCAAAGACGAGACACUACUGACGGAAACAAAAAAAAAUACGAUUACGAUGAAAAUCCAGAUAAAUCAGCCAAUCAAUCGUGCCCGGUCUCGUCGUUUCUCUCCUCUCUCUCUCUCUCUCUUUCUCUCUCUCUCUCUCUCGGCGAUAUCGCGAAUUAUCAUAUGCUUUAUAUAUCUCGCCUGGGAAUAUCGAAAGGAAAAGCUCUAGAUCACGACUUAUCACCGAGAAAUAUCGCCGCGCGAUGUGCGCGCUUAAUUCUAGAAUCGAAAAGCGUCGUAAUUAUUAAAUUUAAUAUCGCGAUGGAGGAGACAAAAGUAAAUGGAAAAACCACAUUUGAGGGAUAAAAAGAGAGGAGGAUGAAUUCAAGAGGAAAAAUAGUAGUGGAAAAUUAGAAAAAAAGAGGGAACUCUGUUGCCCGAUCGGACUGUCUACAAAGGGAGAAAUGGAUUUUUUCUAAAGCUUGCUCUAUUUUUUCUUUGUCAAAAUAUCAGAUUUGUAAAUUUUGUCUCGUUUAUCGAUAGUGAGAAAAACUGGGUUCCUCUAUGUACGACAUUCGAUAAAUACUUGGAUUCGACGGUUGUAAAAUUGUUUCCGGUCGUUUUCAAGAGAUCAAUUGGGGAAUGGCUAGGAGGCAGAGCUGGGAUAGCAAGCACAUAGUCAUGUAAGAUAACACAAUUGAUAAUGACCACGGAGAAAAGCAAAAAAAAUGAUCCUGAAAAUAGAGCGGAGUAACGAAGAUGAGGCGAGAGAGAUAAACAAAAACGAGCAACUAAAAACGUACACACAAAUACAAAUUCGUUAGAACGAAGAAAAAGAAAUAACUAACACGUACACGCAAACACAAUAAACGGGAAAAUACGCGAUACAGGUAAUGAAAAAAAAAAUCAUUUACGUACAUAUGUAUAUCCAUAUAUAUAUAUAUAUAUAUAUAUGAUAAUUCAAAGUAUUGCGAACAGAGUGAUGAAAGGUGGUUGAAUUAAUAUUUAUUGAUCGAAUCAAAGACGAUAGAUUGAAUUAAUUCUUUCUCAAAGUCGUAGAAAGAUAAUUGUUGUGAUAAUAAUAUUGAAUUUAGAAAUGUAGAAUUAACGGUGGUCUCAUGACGGAUCAAUCUUUACUGAUGUUCAAUGGAUUUAUUAUAGGCAUAAAUAUAUUAUAUGAUUAAUGAUAAGACAUUCUAGAAAUUUAAGAGAGGGGAAUUGUGACUUUGUUUUUUUUUCUUGCUUCUCGACCUUCCCUCGAUGUGAGACGUAGUAACGAAUUCAGAGAGUUUAAUAAGGGAGAGUGACAGAGAGCGCGGAGGAGCGCGAGAGAGAGAGAGAGAAAAGGCGAGAAAAGUCCAUGAAAACAUAAAAUCGACAUUUGCACAUAACAUAUAUAUAUACACUCACACACCGCUGCAUCGUCUUCUACAACGCGUGUUUUUAUCAUUUUUUUUUUUUUUCCAUGUACCGCCCUUUUCUUCGUUAGUGCCGAUGUGCCCAUGUAAUACGAAAGUUUCCUACAUACUUUAUCUAUCUUUCACGAUUCCUUCGAUCCUCGUUCGGACUCGUAGUUGAUUGCCCAUAUUUUAUAAUUGUUGGAUUAUUUUUUUUUCUCUAUUCGCUACUCGUUCAGUUUUUUUUUCUUUUUUUUUUGUAAAACACGAACGCACUUAUAUCGACGUAACACGAAUUUACGCAACUAAACUUCGGCUCUCCCAGUCAUCCAUCGCGUAACUUGUAUAUUAUUAUAUAUUAAAUAUAUAUAUACAUGUGGGUAUAUACAUAUUUCAACACGAUAAAUAUAUUAUAUUGAAUAUAUUCUUUUUAGUACGAAAUACCGCGCGGAACUUUAAGAUAUAACAGAACAUUAUAAUUUUUAAUAAUUAUACAUAAAUAUAUAUGCAUAUGUAUAUAUACUUAUAACGAGCUAACAGCCUAUGGUUUUCAUUAUUGUUUCAACGAUUAUUAUUAUUAUUAUUAUUAUUAUUAUUAUUAUUAUUAUUAUUAUUAUUAUUAUUGCUACUACUUUUAUUAUUGCUAUUUUUUAUCAACAUUAUCUCCAUAAAGUAGCGUCCUUAAGGUAUAUACCAAUUGAAGAAAAGAAAUGGAAAAAGAUGAAAAAAACAAAAAACAAAACAAAACAAACUGAAAAAAUUAUCGUUUAUUAUUAUUGAGUGUUGUGGAUUGUACGCAGCUAGCUUGGCGCACGCUGUAUUAUAACGCAUUGAGUAGUUUAUGAAUCAGAGUGUUUUCAUGUGUGUCCUGCGCGGCUGCGUGUGCGCGUGCGUGCGUGCGUGUGUGUGUGUGUGUGUGUGUAUGCUGAAAAAAUCGAGAGAGAAAGAUGAAAAAAUGUGCUCCUUCGUUUUAACGCGAAAUUCGUUCAGGGAAUCUUCGUUAAUCGGCUCCCAUUUAUUGCGAAAUGAAAUAUUUAAUAAUCUUGUAAUCGGUCGACAUAGCUACUUCCCACGUUAUUGUAAAACGUGUAAAUACGAAAAACUUUUCAUUCACGUAACGUCACGCACAAUCUACUGCUUAUUAUGCGGUAUGUGUAAAUGUAAAAAUAUACAUAAUUUCUUGGAGGUUCGUUCAGUAUUGUUAAACGGGUUAAGGGAAAAUUGAAUGAGAGCAAUGAAGAAAAAAACAAAGAAAAAAGAAAGUAGAAAAUGCGAACAUAAACUCAUCCGCGCGGUCACCAGAAUUCUUCUUCUCUCUUACACCUCGACAACUACAAUCAUGACAAUGUGUGGGAAAAUAUACGUGUGUGUGUGUGUGUGUGUAUGAAAGAGAGAGAGAGAGUUUGUGUGCGCGUUCAGCGGCACGCUAUUCUUGCGAACAAAAAAACUUACUCGAGGGAAAAGUAAGAGAAUAUCUUUUCAGAAGAAGAACGAAUUUAGAGAGAAGAAACGUCGUGACGUAUUUUUUUAUGUGCGCCAGUGAUUAUCCCCCACAACGCGCGACCCCUCCAUUAUCCGAUUUACGAAGAUUUCCACUUCCGAGUGACUGAAACAAGUCAAGAAAUCCUCUCGGCGGAAUGUAACUCGCUCGUAAAUACACAAGUGCAACCGAAUAACUCGAGGGACACACAGCUCGAACAAGACAAAAGUCACUUUGUCAAGACACACUCGGCCGGUUUUCAAAUCCUAAUCGUUAUAUCCAAGAAAUUUAUGCUCUUCGUUGAAACAUGACAAAGAAAAACUCGUGUGGAAGUGGAAGAGAGCGAGAGAGAGAGAGAGAGAGAGAAUCAGUGAGAAAAAGGGGAAAAACGAAACACACCCGCAAUGUGAUAUUCUCGUGUCUUGUCCGACGAGAGACGUUGUUUUAAGAUAUUCAAUAGCCGACGUUUGUCCCGUGUGCGUGUUAGUGGAUGAACAUAGCAGAGAAAAGAUAAAUAACGAAAGGAACGAAGAAAAACGUAAGAAAACUUAGAAAAAAAAAAAACAAAAGUAAAAUCACCAAAGUCGGAUCGAGGUGUUGCGUCGACGAUCGAAUGAGAAAUAUCCGAACCGACGAAGUUCCAUUAUGUUCCAGUGAAACGAAAAAACGGUUUAGAGAUAAGUCAAUGCGUCGUAACAUAAAAAAGAAAAAGAAAAUGCAAAAAAAAAGAUUUAAUUAAUUAAUGACUAGGUGAUCGAGUAAAUAAAAAUGAAGUCUGAAAGCUGCGAUAGUUUAAUCAGUCGGAGUACGCGUUGAGAGGGCGAGCCAUCUCUAAGCUUAAAACAAAGUGAAAAAAAAAAAUCGAAAAAUUCAAGAAAAAAAAAAGAAAAAAAAACAAUACGCUUGUGUGUUUAGCAACGGUGUUCAGGGAAUCUGUGUUUACACGAUAAUCGGCAAUUAAUAACCGCAACGAGCGAAAUCAUUUUUGCGGCUCAAAUGAAAAGUGUUUGCGCGUUCGUGCACUUUUCGAUCUUAGUUAUUCAACUUUGUUUUUAUUUUUCUUUUUUAAUUUUUAUCAUUUUUCCGCCUCUUACCUUCCACUCGCUGUUCAUCGAUAAAACGUUCAUCGAGGUAUUUUUUUUCUCCUAGUUUUUUGUUCUUGUGGUGUAGGGAGUGUGAAUCGUUUUUAUUUAGGGAUAUUUUUUUGUUUUUAUCAUUAAUGGUAUGCACAGACAUUUAUAUAUGAGAAGAGUACUCGGUCGAUGUUAAUUUUUCUCAUCUUAUCUUUCUGGUGUCGUGCGUAACGCCCUCGAUAUUUAGCUCGUAGGAUCUGAUUUUCUAUGCCAUUUUAGUCAGUCCACGUGGUUUAUUUUUUGCUGUUUUCACAUUUCGUUCUAAUAAAUAUUACACUUUAUUAAUUUUAAUUAUUAUUAUCAUUAUUACUUCUAUGAAUAUUAUUAACCACUUUGAUUAUUAUUAUUAUUAUUAUUAUUAUAUCAUUAUCCGUACACUUUGAAACGCUAAAAUUAAUUUUAUAGUCAUCAAGUAUCUUUCGUAUUGCUAUUAUAGUUGAGAUCGAUCGUAGUCGUCGUCAUCGCCGCCGUUAAUCAACAUUAUUAUCUUGAAAAGGAAAAAACAAGCGAAAGAAAUAUCUAUCUCUCCCUCUGACAACUCGAAUUUGUUACAUUCGUUGAUACGUUUAAUUCGGUUUAUUAUAUUUUCGCUUAACAUCGAAAACGCUCGGAUAAAAGAUCGGUAAAAAGGCAGGUUAAUUCGUCGCGACUGCACAAAUAAUCGAGACUGAUGGUAAAAUCGGUUCUCCGGUCUCGUACCUGAAAUUGUUGUAACUUUCGUUGUUCCCGUUUCUCUUUCUCCUCCGCCCUUCUCGCCGUCUCUCUUCUAUUAUUUUCUUCUCCUUUCUAAUCCCCCUUGCUCUUGCUGCCCGCGAGAAGAGUCGGCUAGUCGAAAAGUAAAAUAAUAAUUGCGAGGAAACACGUAUUAAAGAUUCGGUUUAACGCGCGCGGCAAUAUAUUAUUAAUCAUACACACACGGAUCGCGCCACUUUUCGUUCCUAAUUGUUUCUCGUAUUUUGUUAAUGUUUUCCUCUCAUUUUUCUCCCCCCCUUUCAUCCUACUCUUUUGUUUUUAUAAUCUCUAGUUUUCAUUAUUUAAAAAAAAUUUUUUUUAUUCCAUUUUGUUCGCCCUCUAGAGUCAAUGAAUGAGCUUUUGAUUCUCAUUUGUCCCGACUUUGUCACAGAGCACCGUCGAAAAAAAUCAUACGUGCAUUCAUAUAAAUAUAUAUAUAUAUAUAUAUCAAUGUGUGUAUGUAAAGAAAAAGAAAAAUAUAUAUUGAAAUAAUAACGUUUUAUCACCGCGCGACCGCGAGCCACUCGUUCGAGUACGGAAAUCGUGAAAGUCGUUGAACACAAAAGAAAAAACUUAUCAAGUUACUAACUUCCUCUCGUAAUUCGUGCUCGUAGGUGUAAAUCAAUGAAAUAAUCAAAGUUUGAAAAAUAAUAGAAAAACGAAAAAAGUUAUUCAUCGAAGUAUAAAACGCCAGUAUGAAUCUGUGAUCUCGUGAAAUGAGAGAUAGACGGAAAUCCGUGUUGUUGUCGAGUCCGAAUGAAAACAGGCCGCACGAGUCAACUUGUUGAGACUAAAUGAAAAGAGAAAAAUAAGAGAAAUAUGAAAAAGUAGCACGUGAUGGGAGCACUCUUGUUCUCUUCUUACUCACUUCCAAUCGUAAAUUCCUCCCUUAUUUUAUUUAAAUUCCAUUCGAUAAUACGAACGAGAAUUCACGAUUGAACACACCAACGAUAAAUGUACAGUGUAUACGCGAAUUUACGUACUAUUAUUUACUUUUACACGACCAUCUUACGAAAAACACUUUUCAAAAACAAGUCAAUGGAAAAAUUUAAAAAAUUUUUAAUUACUACUUAAAAUGCGUACUAUCAUUUAUGUAUACACGAUUACAAUAUAUUUUUACCGAUAGCCUCAUGGAUUAUUAUAUAUUGUUGGUACAUACCGCUAUUAUUGUCCCUAUCAUCAUGAAUAUUAUUAUUAUUAUUAUUAUUAUUUUAUUACUAUCAUUAUUCUUAUUAUUAUCGUUAUUACUGUUGUACUCUCGAAUGGGACAAUUUUUACCGAUCAUACUUAUAUACGUAUUUGUAGUGCACACGUCUUGUAAGCGCGCUCACACCAUUGUGUCCGGUCGAUAUUUCACCUCAGACCGAGCAAGUCCCCCGAUAUCGCUGUAUAUGCCUGAAAAAAUCGAAAAGAAGAAAAAAAAGUUUCAUCAUUCAAUUUUUUAUACUUUUUAUCAUUCUCCAUUAUUGUUAUCGAAGUGUUUAUUUUGUUUGCGGUUAUUUUGUAUGUAUGUAUACGCUGUGACGUGUGUAUGAAUAAAUCAGGCUUAUUGUGGGUGCGGCUGAUCUCUUUUUACAAAUUUAAGAAUAAUUAGAAAACGAUGGAACGACGGGUCGAUAACUCACGAACGAUUUGCCAAUUUUCUCGACAACGAGUCACGAAAUACGCACGAGGACGUACGCGUCCCUCGUCUUUUCUCUGACAUGAUGUUUUUCGUUUCCUUUUUUCAUCAAUAUUUCCAAACUCGCUUCCCGAUGCUUCGAAUGACGAAUGGAAAAAACCCUUUUGUGCAAGGCAUUGACGAGGAAAGUGAAAUCGAUCGUGAAUGAAAAACAACAAAACGUCUUCGACGUCGAAACGGUCCGCGGUACACGACAUUUUCAGCGUGUAAUUUGAGCAAGCACACACACACACACACACACACACACACAUGCAUACACGAAGAUACCUUAAUGUUUAAAGGGAAAUGUGAAAAAGUAGCGGUUAAUUCGGUACGAGUCUCCAGGCGUAUGUGCAACUUAUUAGUAUUUUUAGACCGUAGGUGCAUUUCCGAAGGUGACGUGUGUUCAUUCCAGACUGUAGAAUAUAUGAGAGAAGAGAGCGAGAGAGAAAGAGGAAGAUCUCGGGAAGAGAGAGAGAGAGAGAGAGAGAUUCAAGUGGCAAGAAAAACAUUGAAAAAAGAAAAAAAAACACGACUCAAGCUGACUGAAGUUGUAGAAAAAUAUAAUAUGUAAUUUGUGUGAGAGGAGGGGGGGGAUAAAAAUCAACGAGCUCGAUCACAAGAUCGAUAAUUUUCAAAAAAACAAUCGUCUACCAAAUUCGCGAGGCCAAUAAUGAAUCAAUUAAUGAAUUUGUUAAUUAAAUUAGUUUUAGAUAAUCGAUGCGACAAUUAAUUGAUACCUGAAAGAUCUAGUUUAUUAAAAAUAAAGGAAUACUUGAAAAAUGAAAAACUA